AUGUCUCGCGAAGUUGCGAAAGCGGUUAAAUCUGUCUCUAACGCUAUUCCUGUUCACAAGAAAUAUACCGUCCAGUCCACUGGUAUAUGGGAACGUAUCCGACGCCUCCUAGCCUUAGACCCUAACCGUUCUACUGGUGUCCCACUCAAUCCCCAGUAUCGCAAUCCACCUCCAGGAGCCCUGCCUCCGCAGUCCUACGAUGAUCCAGUAACUAUCCCAGCUGGUGAUAUCGCAGACAACCCAUACUGGAAACGGGAUGUCCGGAGGAAUUACCCCAAGUUGAGCGUAGUCAACCAGGCAGAUGUUGUCGGUCUUCUCACCGUGGGAAGCAAAUCAGCACCAAAAGACGAUGUUCUCCAAAUUGGUGAAGCAGGGCAGAAGCAAUUGGUUGCCGUGAAGCAGGAAGGAGAAGAGCGGGGCCUAGCUGCUUUGUUCGAGAAGGAUAAGCGGAAUGUCCAGGGAGUAUUGGGACCUGACGGUUUACCACCGCUUCCAUGCAAUCUCAACCCGUCUUCGAAGUACCAGCUCGGUUCUGGACAAGGGUACCCGGAAAAGUACUCUUGCCGUACCUUUGUGUAA